UACGAGAGAAUCUACAACACGACGACAUAUAAUAAUAAUAAUUACAAUUCGUUUAGAUCGAUUUUCUGCAUCUGUUAUCUAAAAUUUUGGUUUUUCCCCCCCCAAUUAUAAUAUAUAUAUAUACUAUAUAAUAAUGCUAAAAUUUAGAGUCAUAAUGCGUUGCGUGAAGGAUUUGAGAAGUCGUCGCUGCAGUAGCAGCAGCAGCAGCCUGCCCAAUUUCAUCAUGGUAGACGAGAAGGACGAGGAUGACAUGGAUCAUGAUGCGGAUGAUGAUGGUUUCGGGUUGGACAACAUGCAUUCGUCAUAUUCAAUAUUGGAUAAUCGUUGCUCCGAUUUGUUCUAUAUGCCACAGGCCGUUGGGCCCGCCUACCAGAAUCUCUUCACCACCGUCGAUCAAUUUGAUUUCAGUAAAUAUCAAAAAUCCUUGGCCUGGCACAGCAUCAAACCAAUCCGGGCCCAAGUUGUGCGUUGCCCCAAACUGCUGUUGUCGCAUUUGAAGUGUCAUUUUUUUAUACCAUGUUCCAAGUUGCGGCAUCCAUCGAAUUUUAGCAUUUUUAAUUUGUACUUUGACUGCGAUGUGAAUAGCGCCGUCAAAGCUUUCGUCCUGAUCGCCUCCCAAUAUUCCGUUGACUUCAUGCAAGACGGUUAUUGGUCGGAUUUUGUCAAUCCGUUUACGGGUCGUGCCUAUUUGCAACCUGCUGCAGCAUCCAACUGCCAGCGGCAGCAGCAGCCGCAGAAGGUUCAUCAUCAUUCGCGGUAUUGGCGCUUCCUGGGCCACAAUAUGCAAUUCAGGGAUAUCAACGGUUGCACCAUCAUCAAUGAGGCCACAACAUGCACCUUCUCCGGCUCCAUUUUCAGUGAUGUGCCAGUCGAUCAUUUUGACUAAUCCGUGAAUCAUGUAUUCCACAUCCUCUUUUGUUUUAAUCAUAUUCUUUUCAUCAUAAAAUGUUGAUUGUCUGCCGAUAUCCAAGUCGUUUUCAACUUUU